CUUCAGUAGAUUCAAUAAUGUCAGCGAUAGUGAGUGGUGUUUUGAAACUUACAGUUGGAGUUCUAGCGAACAAGGCUCGCAGUAGCCUUGCAGCACAUUUGAAAGAUGGCGAUAUUACGGACGAACAAUGUCGAAACUUGAUCGUGAAAGAACUUGACAAUAUCAAAAGCAAGCUAGAUGGCUUGUCAAGAAAAGAUUUACUGAGUAGCCUUUCUUUUCUACGAGAAGGAAUCACUGUACUAUCUAAGUUUCUUCUUGAAUUGGAAUCAAAUGAGAAUACGGCAGAAUCGUCCGAACGAGUGACCUUAGUUGAAUCUGCGUCAUCCGGAGACACUGGUCCUGAUUCUGCUAUCAACGAAGCUAUUGCUCUUAUAAAUGCUGUCUCGUCGUUGAAAAUACAUUCGAACGACCGCUUUAAGUCUGCAAUAGAAUCGUUCAAGCUCGCGCGUGAAAAGGCAACCGAAGCGUUCAAUAACGAAGCGUUGUCCAUCAAAGAUCGAAUUCGAGCGUCACAGAUCAGAAUGAUGGCGAGAAUUUUAGAAAAAUUGGAAGACCCAGAAACUAGCGUUUGCACUUGUCGGCAGUACCUCCAAGAGCUUCAUGAUGUGGACACUGUUAAAGGUAUGUUUUCUGUUCUGAUUGACGGAGGAACGAUUAAGUCGCUCAUCAGUAAAAAGGAACGACUUGAAAAUGCCUCUUCUGUUCACCUAAUGAAUCAAGUAUUGUUUGAUUUCGCCAGAAAGUUCACGCAAUCGCCACCGAGGAUUUUUGACUGGUCCACGAUUACGUUUGGUAAGAAAAGUUACCAUCCCAUAUUUGGAGAACCUGGAUUUUUUCGAAAACUUGAAGAGGCAGGUGUGCACGUUAUGCCACUGAAUCCAGAUUUCACCUUUGAUGAUAAAGUUUUCUCGGUAGAUUCUGUUGUAAACAGCAAAGGCCAGAUUGUUGCACAGGCGCAGGGUGAAGGCACUCUUAAAAUUUUUAAACAUUCAGGGGAAAGUCGUACUCUAAGUGAAGCUCCCAGGGAAGAGCAUGCGUCAGAAUGCUACGUGGAGGCGAUGGAUAUCGAUGCCAAAGAUAACCUAUAUGUUAUCACUACAUUUCGAGAAAGCGAUGAUGAAUCACGGAGUUUUAAGUUGUUUAUCUUUGAUGAGAAUGGAAACAAAAAGCACGAGUGUCCGUUACCUUUUCACUAUCAAAGCUCUACGGAAAAAGUGUGCAUGGCAAUAAACAAGGACGGGAAGAUCGCUAUUUUAAACCGCGAGAAGAGUUUCCUGUAUAUUGGUAAUGUAUGUGCGAAGCUGAAUUCGUUUAAAGUCGACGAUUGUCUUCGUCUCAACGAAUUAUCUAUCAUGCGUGUGAACUUUAGGUUCGCUGAUUUUAAUGGAACAAAAAUAAUUUCUGCAGAUAAGUAUGCUGUUUAUAUCUGUACAGAAAACGGAGAGUCAGAACAAAAAAUUAAGAUACCUGAAGAACAUGGAUUGGUUGAAUCAGUUGCAAUAAAUCACUCCACAAAACGUAUUCUGGUUAAAACGUGUCAGUCAUCGGGACGUAGUCUGUUGAGUUUCUCAGACACUGGAGAGCUAAUAAACAGUUUAUGUUUGGGUUCCAGCGAAUGGAUUAGAUAUGCUAAGGUUACUUCUCAUCCAAACGGUCCAGUUGCUUUAGUUGAUGAAACUGGAGCAGCUUUACUUCAACUGAAGUAAAACACUUAUGCAUGAAAAUGUUGAAAAUGAGCUGAACUCAUGAACUUAAUUCAAUAACUGAUUUACAUAAUAAUUGGUUGGUAUAAUUUUGAGUAAAGUUACCGGUUGUUAUUAAACACAAUCACACAUUCAUUAGGGUGCGGGGGAAUAUUGAACAAUGGCUCUACAUUUAUGAACUGAAUUGAACUUAUACAAUUAAUUGAUUAUUGUGUAGUAUAGUUUUGACUUUGUAACAUACAAUAAAUACAUUUUUUGACACAAUAUAUUCAUUAACAUACAGCGAG